AUGUGCCUGCUAGAAGCGCCAAAGGCAGAGAUAGCGGGGGAUUCGACAGUUGAUGGUAUUACCGAAGUAGAUGAUGGCGUUUCUUUGGAAUUUUUGACGACUUUGGAGAUGAUUCUCUUAGGGAACGCUCAGUGGUAA